CUUGUGCUUGUAUCACCCAAAAUGUUCGCGACUAUCCGUCCCUCGCACCCUGGUCGGGUGGGGAGCAGCUCCUCCAGCUCGAGCACGAUCAGCGCUCGCGGGCGCCCCGCGCCGGCCAUGACCACGGCGGACGGCGUGCUCUCCGCCCUUGGCCAAGAUGACGCCAACGACCCCAGCUACGCCCUCGACAUCCUCCGCACGUACGUGCGCUCCAAGCGCGAGCGCGGGCGCAGCCUCGAGCAGGUCAACUUCAAGCUUGCAAUCCUGGAGCGUCGGAUGCCCUACCUCUCCCAAGCACCAGCCUUCGUCUCGGUACGACAGGAGUACGGCCUGCGCGCGAGCUUCGUAAUCACGCGGCUCAUGACGCGCCUGGACCGCGAGCGGGCGGAGGAGGCGCUCGUUGCGCGAGUCACGCGGCGCAGCAGCGCCGACGCGCUCGACGUCGAGCUCGAGAUUGUGCCCCCUCCGCCGUAUGCACCCCAGCCGCCCUCGUACGAGUGCGCGCUGUGCGCCGUCACGGUCGAGGGGCUGCCGCCGGGCAUUCGCGACAGACGCAAGUGCUCGCAGCCAGGCCGGAGCGCAGGCCACUAG